CUGAUCAAAACAAACAAACUUGAUUCAACAAAUAAAACAUUUCAUCCUAAACUGAACUAAUACUCUCAUGGUUCUGAUGAGUCCGGUCGGUUCCGUCCCGCCAGAACCACUUCUGACCCGGCUUCAUUGAACCUGCUCGGCAGGGCUUUGCUGACCGGAUGGACCCGUACCGACCUGCGCUGGGUCAGAACCAGAACCAGGUCUGCUGUGGGCCAGCUGACCUCACCUGAUUGGUUGUUCUGGCUGAACAAACUGUAGAGGUCAAAGGGCAAAGUCACAUGGAGUCAAUGCACCAGAGAGUGUUUGUGGGGCUGAAAUCAGCCAAUCAGAGGAGAGGACUCUGACCUCCUCUUCCUCUUCCUCGUCUUCCUCCUGGUGACUCCACAGCCUGACGAUGCUCAGCAAAGGAAGCUCCUGCUGCUGCUCCUUUGAUGACUACAAGCUGACCACCGAAUGGCUCCAGAACCAGACCCGGCACCGACCCAAAGUGGCCGUGAUCUGCGGGUCCGGACUCGGCCUGCUGGCUGAAGCCGCCACCGACAAGCAGACCUUCAGGUACCAGGACAUCCCCAACUUCCCCGUCAGCACAGUCCCAGGCCACGAAGGCUGCCUGGUGUUUGGGACGAUCGAGGGGACGCCCUGUGUCUUCAUGAAGGGACACUUCCACCUGUACGAAGGUUACUCCCUCUGCCAGGUUACCUUCCCAGUUCGGAUCUUCAAGCUGCUGGGUGUGGACUCUGUCCUGGUGACCAACGCCUCUGGGGGAAUCUGUCCGGAAUUCAAGGUCGGGGACAUCAUGGUGAUCCGGGAUCACAUCAACCUGCCAGGUUUCGCCGGCCAGCACCCUCUGUGCGGACCCAACGACGAGCGGUUCGGGACGCGGUUCCCCUGCAUGUCGGACGCCUACAGCAAAGAACUGCGGACGCUGGCGCUGGACGUGGCCUCUGACCUCGGCUGCAGUGUCCGCACCGGCGUCUACUGCAUGGUGAGCGGACCCAACUUCGAGACCAUCGCCGAGGCCCGCAUGCUGCUGACGCUGGGCUGCGACUGCGUGGGAAUGUCGAUGGUCCCUGAAGUCACCGUGGCGAAGCACUGCGGACUCAGAGUUCUGGGUUUGACCCUCGUCACCAACAAGGUGUCUCUGGACUACAGCCGUGAGGAAAAGGUGAACCAUGAUGAGGUUCUGGAAAUCUGCAAGAUGAGGGCGGAGCUUCUGCAGAAGCUGGUCUCCACUCUGAUUGGCCGCUGUCAGCAGAACAUCAACACACACUGAGACACACACCUGUAGCUGCUCCUGGUUUGUAGUCGAUUUCUGUUCACAAUAAAAGUGAAGAACCUUC